CGAAAUGCUUUAGUAUACAUUUUAUCUCAGAUGUUAAGCAUGACUCACUGGUAUUUGAUUGAUACGAUCUUGGAUUGUCUUGCUGAAAGUAAAGAGUAGAGAAGAAAGUUGGACGGCCAUUGAGAUUUAGUGAUACAUGUUGUGAAUCCAUCAUUGUGUAGUUUUUUCCUCCCAUUGUUUUGUUACUGGCAGCCUUAAAUGCGCAAUUAACUUCAGUAUCGCUGAGUCCUUUAAAGCUUAGCCGUGGCAAACGCUUUGCUUCCGAAUAAUAGUUUAACUUUUUUUCUGUCUACGUUUAUUUAUCAAUUUAAUUGUAUAUACAAAUUUGAUAGAGAAUAGCGACGGGUAAUUUUAAGAUUAUCCGUGGAAUUACGCGAAUUUACGGAUGUUUUCUCCCCCUGUAAGCAGUGGAAAAAAUGGACCAACAUCCCUUGGAAGUGGACAUUUUACUGGCUCAAAUUUAGAAGACAGAGGCAGCUCUGGGUCUUGGGGAAACGGAAGCCGUUCUUCUAAGAAUUAUGUGGAAGGCGCUCAGUACCCCCACAUGACAAACCGGGACCAGAGCUCACUUGACACUAUCUCCCCUCCCUAUGUCAAUUCCCGACUAACAGGUAAAACAGAGAGGACUUCAUACUCAUAUGGAAGACAAUCAAAUUUACAUGAGUGCCAUCAGCCUAGCCUGCUGGCAGGAGACGUAGGAGUUGGUUCUCCAGGGGCAGCUUCGCCCACUAAGCCUGGCGCCCAGUACUACCAGCACUAUGCCAGUAAUCCCCGGCGGAGACCAUUACAUGGGGACUCCAUGGAACUGCAGACAAAAAAAGUCCGCAAAGUCCCUCCAGGGCUGCCUUCCUCAGUAUAUGCUCCACCUGCGACCACUGCCGACUACAACCGGGAUUCGCCGGUCUAUCCGUCCUCGAAGGCCAGCGGCACGUUCCCCAGCUCCUUCUUUAUGCCAGAUGGCCACCACAGCACAGACCCAUGGAGCUCAUCCAGUGGCAUGAGCCAGACCAGCUACAGUGGAAUGCUUGCAAAUUCCUCUCACGGUUCCCAGAGCAGUAGCUACUGUGGCCUACAUCCUCACGAGAGACUUAGUUACCCGUCACACUCUUCAACAGACAUCAGUUCCAGUCUUCCUCCAAUGUCCAGUUUUCAUCGUAGUGGAGCAAAUCACUACAGCACUGCAUCCUGUACAACAACCACAAAUGGAACAGACAGCAUAAUGGGUAACAGGUCAGCAGGUGCUCCUGCAAGCAGCUCCCAGACUGGUGACGCUUUAGGUAAAGCUCUGGCAUCGAUUUACUCCCCAGAUCACACAAAUAGCAACUUCUCAUCUAACCCAUCAACUCCUGCUGGAUCGCCCCCUUCACUCACAGCUACAAGCACAUCAGUAUGGUCCAGGAAUGGAGGGCAGGGACCCUCUUCUCCAAACUACGAGGCUCCAUUGCACUCGUUGCAAAGCCGCAUUGAGGAUCGUCUGGAACGGCUGGACGACGCCAUCCAUGUGCUGCGCAGCCAUGCAGUGGGGCCUUCCACCGGCAUGUCCAGCGGCCAUAGUGACAUGCAUGGCUUGAUAGGGUCACCACAUAAUGGAGCCAUGGGUAACCUUAGCUCUGGAUACAGCGCAGGCCUGCUCUCAGCCAACAGACACUCCAUCAUGGUUGGUGCUCAUCGCGAGGAUGGGGCUGGUCUUAGGGGCAGCCAUCCAGUUGUACCAAAUCAAGUUCAAGUUCCCCAACUUCCUGUGCAGACUGCAACAUCGCCAGACCUGAGCCAACCACCAGAUCCAUACCGUGCGCUCUCUAGUGGACUUCAGGGACAGAGCACGUCAUCUGUCAGCUCCGAAAUCAAGUCUGAGGACGAGGGAGACGAAAACCUGCAGGACACAAAAUCUCUGGAUGGGAAGAAAGAGGACGGCGACAAUAAGGACCUCAAAUCGCUUGACAGGUCAAGAUCCAGUAAUAACGACGACGAGGACCUUUCUCCAGAGCAGAAGAUAGAGAGGGAGAGGGAGCGUAGGAUGGCCAACAACGCGCGAGAACGCUUGCGUGUGCGUGAUAUCAACGAGGCCUUCAAAGAGCUUGGCCGCAUGGUACAGCUGCAUCUGAAGAGCGACAAGCCGCAGACGAAGCUGCUGAUCCUGCACCAGGCCGUGGCCGUCAUACUCAGCCUGGAGCAGCAAGUCCGUGAGAGGAACUUGAAUCCUAAAGCAGCCUGCUUGAAGAGGAGGGAGGAGGAGAAGGUGUCCUCAGAUGGACCCCCACUUUCCCUAGCGGGGGCACACCACAGCAUGGGGGAAGGCACCAAUCCCAUGGGACAAAUGUCCAAGUUGCUGAAGUUUGUCAAAAUGACAAGUGACCACCUCCUUUGAUAUUACCCUGUUCCCACCAAUCAAUCAACCAAUCAAACCAACAUAUUUUCCCCUGCCCUGUCAUGUGUAGAAGGAAUCAGCAAUGGACAAUGGCUGAGGAAAUUCAGAUUAUUUUUUUCUUUGCUAAUUCCCUGUCUUAAAUGUAAAGAUGAAAGUGCAACUUGAUGGAUGACUCUCCAAACAUAUCAUUAGGAGCUGAUGUGAGCAGCCUGCUGCCUGCCUGCCUGCGAUUUUCUCCACACUGUGGAACACUUGCAGUUGUGCCUGAACUCCUCCUGAACGUAUAAAUGAGCAAGACGUCGCGUAACUAUCAAUACCAAUCUGUAGGCCUUGAGCGGAGAGAUGAACAUAAUCGAAAAUGGUAAUUUUAGAAUUUCAAGAAAUUGUAAAACCUGCAAUAAUGUAAAAGUGUACUUCUGAACAGUAAAGGAGGAGGAUGACGUUUAUCUGAGGUUCUGGGUAACUGGUAUGGCUCCAUACUGAAGAAGAAAGUCAAGUUAAAUUCUAAACCAGCAAACAUCCUGAUUAUCACUUUAGUGUAAUCAUAGCCAUUCCGUUACAUUGGGUAGAGCAGAUGGACCUUUUUAUCAUACAGGGAGUUAACAAUAGAUAUUGUCACUCCUCGACUAGAGGCUGUGUAGAGGCUGCAAAGAGAAAUAAAAUGUGCUGCAGGGAUAUCAGAUUGAGGGCUUUAGUUUAGUAUUGUGAUAUGGGGAACCUCAGUGAGACCUUAACCACCAAGACGCAUUUCUCCACUGACUGUGCUGCAUGCAGAGUGAUACCAGCUGAAAGCUAGUAGUCCAUCGAUUCGCUUUUUAGUUUCUCCCCAAGUUCUAUCACCUUACCCCCACCUUUUUGAUCCUGCUCCUCCCAGUCCCAAUCGCCCCAUACCCAGAGAUGCAACUUCAACAUGCUACAAUUCUACCAAUGUGCCUUUUAGAGUUCAUAUCAUUAAAAGUGCAAGGAGGACAUUAACAGAACUUUUUAGGAUGCAAGCUUAGGGAAUUGUUAGUCAUUAGGUCUAUGCAGUCAGGUUUUUUGUGACCUGGAAUUUAAAAAAAGUAAAAAGGAAAAAAGUAUUUUUUGGAUAAAUUGUAUUUAAUGUACUGUAUACUUAUAUGUAAUUAGAAGGCGUGACAUUGAACAAUUCUGGAUUGAGUAAAUUAUACCACGGUGUCCCGUUGCUCUCUUCCUCUCCGGUUGCAGUCUCUGUCGACAGUGAGUGACGCGUCUGUUAUAGAAUGUUGUAUUAUAGCUUGUUAGCCUUUUAUGAGUAUUGGCUUAUCGGUGAGCCUCUAUAGUCAAGUACAUGUGAGUGGUUGUAUGUGUUAACAGAUUUUCUGUUUUUGUUUUUCAUAUUAUUCUUUGUUCUGGUUUUGCUGUCAAAAUGUUAACGAAGAAACCACACAAUGCUGCGAGAUACACAACAGGAGUGUUGCUGUGGUUCAAUCUACAAAAUCAACAUGAGGCACUGAAAGUGGAAAAGAAUUUUUAAGAAAAUUGAUAUAUAUAAAUGUAUAAAAAUAUACAGUAUAUAACUAUGGUGGAUUUUCAAAAGUUGUUGUAGGGAUUAAUUAUUUUGUCAAGUCUUGACAGAAGUAGGCAAGAGACAUUGAACUAAGAAGCUCUGCUAUGCCAGUAUGACAUUGACUGUACGGCAUCGUCCACGGGCACAGAACAGGACCAGGGGACCCCAGAUCCAUCUGUUCCACUCACUGCUAACCAGCUGUCAAGGAUACAGACAUUUGUAAAUUGUAUGCAAACUUAGCAUUAUUUUGAAAUUGUGUAUGUAAAAGGUAUAUUUUUACAUGUAGACUGUUGUUAUUUUGUGUUUAGAAAUAUGUUGUAUCAGUUUUUGUUAAAAGAUGAGAAAUUAAUUUUAUGUGUUGAAAUGUGUCUUAUUGAAAAUGUGGUAAACACUCCAGAACCAGUUCUUUUUAGAUGUUCUGUUGAUAUUUCUGGGAACUUUUUUCCAGUAUGGGAUGGGGUGGGAUUUCAAAAUAAUGCAUAAAUGUUUUCAUUCUUGUUCCAUUUCCAUUACAUAGUCAUUUUGAAUUGUAUUUUCUGAUGAAUAUGUAAAUAUAAAUGACACACCGGGUUCUUGCGGUUUUGGUUGUGUGAUGAUACACAAAUGGAAGAGAGAUGGGGUUGGAUCAAUUGUAACAUAGAAACCCUAACAAAAUUCUGUCGGCCAUUUUACCAGGUGCCAAAAACAGUAUUAAUAUUUAUAGAGUUGAAGCUCUGAAGUCAGUGUUUGAUAACUUCAAUGAAUGCGUGAAGUGGCAGAGGAGUAUCACAUUUAAAUGUCAUAUUGAUCCAUGAGUAUGAUAUGUAUGACAUGUUCUUUUUCCUUUAUGACAUGGGUUUUUAAAAAUUCGAAGACUGAAAUCCCAAAACAUGUACUGUAGUUAUUAAAAUAUUUCUCUCUCUAUGGGCAAUGGCUAAGGGUGUCUCGUAGAAUCUGGCUGGCAAUUGACUGUCGUCAUGCUUACCUAUCUAAACGAAAGUUGGCAGGGAAUUUGCGGUAAUGUUGAACAGAUAAGAGAAUACAGCCUUUACAUCACAACACUUUUGACCUUGGUAAUACCAAAAAUGUUUAUAAACAUUUGUUUUUAUUUUUUUACGUUGUUUUUAUUUAUACAUUGUUUUAUUUUGCAUUUAGCACAAGUAAAACAAAAGUGUCAUAAAUUAGGGGAAAAUAUUUUUUAUUUUUUAAGUGUUUAAACUGAAUAGUCGAGUAAGGCCACUGGAAAACACUUCAGUUUUGAUGUGAGACUGUGUUUCAAUUUUCAUGACCUGUUUUUUAUUUCAUUAUUACUUUCAUUACAGCGAGUUCCCUGAGCUAGAUGUACCUACCAUGCAUUUGUAAACAAAUAAGCCAUGUGUUUUAUGUAAAUGUACAUACAGUCUAUUAGAGUAUAAACAUCUUUAUUAUAACUAAGUGAACUGAGGUUUAAUUUAAUUUCUUUUUGAGUAAAGCGAGGGUUGUCCUGAAGUGUUUUUGUUACCUCACACGUGGAUCCAGGGACACAAGACGGGAACAGAAAACUACAUGCUAUUUGGUGAUUUGUAGAAAUUAUUUUUUCAAUAAUGGUUAAAAUUAAAAUCUGAAAACAUUUCUGUAGUAAACUUAAAAAUUAAAAAAUAUUUGUCAUAUAGUUCUAUCCACCGAUGAAUCAUAAUUUUAACCCAUGAAUAGGUGAAACAUUAAUCAGGAACAACUCUAUCAAUUUGUGUUUGUAAGUUAUUGUGGAAAAUGACCACUGGCAGCAAUGUGAUAUAUCCAUUGUAGGUUAGUAUCAUCCAUCAGUCUAUCUGUCUGUCCAUCCAUGCUCCAAUCUUUCUAAAUUCUUUACAGGUGGGGGUCAGAGUAUUAUGGUAAAUAUCUUCAUAAUGAUUGAUCCACCUCCAUUUCUCAUGGAUGAAACGAUAAACACGCUUUGAAUUAAAUUUUAUUUCACUGCAGCGACCAUGAAGAUGCUAUCUGUUUGGUGGAAUUAACAAUGCAAUUUAAUGGCAUUUAUCCAGUCUUCCUUGAUAUUUUAGUUUCUUUCCUGAGCUGAUUUUAUUUGUUCCUCUUUUGCAUUACAUGAAUGUAGCUGGACAAAUUUGGACCUACAUAUUUAGGGUUACAUUCUAAACAGAUUUAAAAUGACAACAAAGGAUUAAAAAAAAGGAAAAAGAUCUAGUUUCCAUCCAAAAGUAACCUUAUAUAAGCACAAAUUGUGUACAGAAACGGUUAAAUGGGGAAUAUAUGACAACAUCCAUGUACAAAUUACAUUUAAGCAUAAAAGAAACUAAGGACAUGCAUCAUGGUUAUAGACCUUUGAAUUUCAUUUGGACUAACAUUUUCCUUUCGUACCCAUUAUAAUCCAUUAUUUGUGCAGUGCUGGUUUGAACAUAUUCAUUUCAGAGUAUUAUAGACAUACGUAAUAGUGAAAAUACAUGAACUGUGGCCUUUUUCAUUCUUCUUGUUACUUGUGAUGCAAAUAAGUGAAAAAAAAUAAGCUGAGAAUCACCAUGUAUCAGUGCCUGGCUUUUUUUGUUAUAAAGCUUCCUUUGUCUAUCGCCCUUUUGCUAUGACAUAGACUAGUGCACCCUAUUAUACGAAACAAAAAAAAAACUAAAUUUAAAAUGAAAUAUAUUUGGCUUAUAUUUUGCAGGGCAAUCCUUUUAUACCAGGAAAAUAGAGAAAAAAAUUAAAAAAAAGUAAGUCAGAUUCUGAAUAUUCCACUUUGUAGAUUUUUUGGUAUCAUUCGAAGUAAAGGUUUGUUACUUUAUUUUACUAUUUAAAGUUAUUUUAUGUUAUCAGAAUGAGACUGUAUGGUGUUUUCUGUGAUGGGCCACAGUUUGCCAUUGGGGUCACCCAGCAGUGACAGAAUUACGAUAAUAACAGUUACACUUUAUUUGCAAUGUGUGGCUGGGUGCCUGAAACAUUUUUUUUCCAAGUAAUUUGAUGUUUUCUUCUCGUUUAAUUUUGUCCCUUUAUUAAUUUGUGUAUUAUUAUUAUUAUUAUUAUUAUUAUUAUUACUGCCUUUUCAGAUUAGUAUAAGUGUCUGAACAGGUUGUGUGCUGAAGUUCCUCUUCAGCCAGCUCAUUGUAAGCCAUUGCCUGUUGUUUUCCAUCUGUAGUUAUUCAAUGCAGUCAUGUACAUGACCGUUCUGUAGCAAUAAAUGUGCCAUUUUUAUAACA